AGCAGCUGUAAAUUUUAAACUGUUCUCUAUAUAAUUUCGUCAGAAUGACAAUGGGUGAUGAAUUACCUGUCACUUCCUUGGUUUUACCUGUUCUUAUACGCCCCGUACUUACCCAGCUGGAAAAGUAUCAUGUGGGAGGAUCGCAAACUUUGCGUGCGGCUUUAACUAAAGCUGAGGCUGCGUUACCAGGUCUCAACUAUGACUUGGUGGCUGGUAUUAUGAGAAGAGCGGAUAUUCCAGUGAAUAUGAAUGAGAGUUUACUUCGUUUACAAGGAACUCUCACUGAAGCUGAAUGUGCAGAUUUAAGACUGAACAGAUCAGAAGAAGCAUUCCAAGAGUUAAAUAAAAAGUCAGCAGCUCUCAAGAAAAUUUUGAGUAGAAUUCCUGAUGAAAUAACAGACCGUAAGACAUUCCUGGAAACAAUUAAGGAAAUAGCAUCAGCUAUUAAGAAACUACUUGAUGCGGUGAAUGAGGUUUCCACAUACACCCCAGGGCCGGGCAAGCAAGCUCUGGAGCAAAGAAAGAGGGAAUUUGUUAAAUAUUCAAAACGCUUUUCAAAUACUCUGAAGGAGUAUUUCAAAGAGGGACAGGCCAAUGCUGUGUUUGUUAGUGCAUUAUAUUUGAUACAUCAAACAAAUCAAAUUUUGUAUACAGUAAAAAGCAAAUCUGAAUAAGAAUGUAUUUCGUAACCAUUGAAACUAUUUGUUAAAUAUUAUUGUAUGAUGUUGCAAAAGUAUUUUGAUUAACUUUCUUUAAAUAUUAUUUUUAUAUGUUAACUGAUAAUCUAAUAUAUUAUAAAAUUUAUGAUAAGUGGUUAGAGUGUCUGUCAUGAUUUUCAUAUAAAUACUUUAAAAGUCAUUAAAAUGUUGUUUGAUGCUAGAUCACACUUUAGAAUCACAAACUGAAUGUUCAUUAAUAGAUGCCCAGGUGCUUCUUGGAAAAAUAAAUUUUAUCAUAAAAUGUUUAUAUUCACAACAUAGUAUUGUGAUGCAAAAUGUUAUGGCAGACAAUAGCAAUCCAUACUUGUUAGUUUAUAGUAUAUGAGUGUAGUACAUAAAUGUCAUUAUUUUACAUUAAACUAUUAUUUUAAAUA